CGGUUCUGCAGACCAUGGAGAAGAUAGAUAGCACACAGAAUAGCACAUGUUUUCGCUACCUUUAAUCAUCGUCGAAAUUUUUCAGAAGAACCACGUGAAUUUUAAAUAACUCCAGUGGGGUGUCUUUUUAAAAACACAAAACUCUUGAGGUUGUAACCCGUUUCCCAGGGAAAUACUUUUUUUUAUUAAGAAAAGUUAAAGUUAGGCGUUAACUGAAUAAUCUUUUCAAUGAUAGGUGUUUUUCAACAGUUCUUCAAAAAUGUCUUUGCAAUCUAUUAAUGAUGGAGGAAUUGCUGAUCUACCAGAAGAUAUUCGUAAAGAGGGAGAAGAACUUACAAGAGUAAUUGAACAGGAAGAAAGUGAAAAAAAUGAAAGAUUACUUAAAGCUCAACAAUUAGAGGAUCAAUCGUCACAGCCUAGUGAAAUGCGAUAUAAAAGGUUGAUGUGCUUGCUUGACCGCAGUAAGUUUUAUGCCAAUUUCCUUCUUCAAAGGAUGAAUGCUAAGAAAGAAGAAGAAAAGAUUAAACAAGAAAAAUUGGCCAAGAAAGAAGCAGCUGAGAAAAAAAAACUCAAAGAAAACAAUAUUGACAAAAAGCUGGAAGAACCUCCAUCAGACAUUGUGAAAUCAGAAAAGAAGACAAGGGGGGCAAAGCGUCAGACUGAAUUGCUUAGUCCUAAUGAGAAAACUGAUACAACACAAAGGAAGAGGUUACGCAAGAAUAAUAUUUCUGAAGCAAAUAUACUAAAUGUGCUUGAUGAAAAGGAACUUCGGAAGCGUGCGGCACAUGGGGAUGCUGACGAAGAGGUCGACACUGUUGUUGAAGAUCUUACUGAAGAUGUGAAAAAUGAAGAACAAACGCCUGAACUCUUCGAAGGAGGAACUAUGAGACCGUAUCAAAUGGAAGGGUAUCGUUGGCUUGUGUCUCUUUACGAGAACGGAAUGAAUGGCAUUUUAGCCGAUGAAAUGGGGCUCGGCAAGACCGUUCAAUGUAUUUCAUUAGUCGCCCAUCUCAUGGAUAAGGGAGUUACCGGACCUUUCCUCGUCUGUGCGCCUCUUUCUACCCUCCCCAAUUGGAUGUCGGAGUUCAAAAGAUUCACUCCCCGCAUACCAAUAGUACUCUACCACGGUAACCAAGAAAAGCGUGAUGAAGUCAUAACGGAAAUCAGACAAAAAUUUAAAAUACCUGGCAUUAACGGGAUCAAGUUUUUUCCUGUUGUUAUCACUUCGUUUGAGGUCGUUAUUCGAGAUAGAAAAGUACUGGAGCGAUUGCAAUGGCGCUACAUAAUCGUUGAUGAAGGUCAUAGGCUUAAAAAUUAUCAGUCCCGAUUGGUCCAGGAGUUGAAAAAAUAUCCCUCUUCCAACCGCUUAUUGUUGACGGGCACACCUUUGCAAAACAAUUUGUCGGAACUGUGGUCUCUGCUAAAUUUUUUGCUGCCUGAAAUUUUUGAUGACUUGGACGUCUUUACUGCAUGGUUUCGUGUAGAAGAAUUACAAGGAUCCGAAGCCGAACAUAAAAUCGUUGAACUGGAACGCAAAGAAAAUGUCCUUUCCAUGCUUCAUCAGAUUUUGUCACCAUUCCUUCUUCGUCGACUAAAAACCGACGUUGACUUGCAAAUUCCGAAGAAAAAAGAACUUCUUGUUUAUUGUCCUAUGAGUAAACUUCAAGAUGAACUGUACCGUGCUACAGUUGAUCAUUCAAUUUUAUUCCUCUUAGGAGAACCAAACGAAACAGAAGUAAUCGAAUAUCAAGCUAAUGGUCGGCCAAAGCGAAAGGCGAAGAGACAAGACAUCAAUUACUCAAAUAUGGGAACGAACGAGGUUACGGAAGAAUUGGGGAAAAUGUCUGUCGAAAAGGUAGACGAAGAAAUCGACGAGUGGAUGAAGUUGUCAAAUGAUUUGCAAUGGGAACCUCGGCAACCGAAGAAGAAAACAGUUCAAGCCGUAAACACUAACAUUAAAAUGACAAAUCCCAUGAUGCAACUGAGGAAAAUCGUCAAUCAUCCGUACCUUGUCAAAUGGGAAGUUGAUAUCGAGACAGGUGAUUACAUUGUUGACGAGGCCAUGGUUAGCGAUUCGGGGAAAUUAGCUGUAAUGGAUCAGAUGUUAAAGCGCCUUAUAAAAGAUGGUCACAAGGUAUUAAUUUUUAGUCAGCUAACUAUGAUGCUUGACGUUUUGGCCGACUAUCUGUCAAUGCGGGGUAUCAAAUUUGGCCGACUUGACGGCCGUAUGAACCUAGAAGAAAGAGCUGUGGACAUGGAUAAUUUCAGAAAUGACCCUGAUAUGCCAGUGUUUCUUGUUAGUACGAGAGCUGGUGGUCUCGGCAUCAACCUUACUGCUGCAGAUACGGUUAUCAUCUAUGAUUCAGAUUGGAAUCCUCAAUGUGAUCUGCAAGCACAAGAUCGAUGCCAUCGCAUCGGUCAAACAAAACCAGUUAUUGUUUAUCGUUUAGUGGCCUCAGAUACUGUUGAUCAACGAAUCAUAGAGCGAGCUGGCGCCAAACGAAAACUGGAAAAAAUGGUCAUUCAGAAAGGUAAAUUUAAAUCGGGCCUUCAGUCUAGCAGCCACAACAGUAUCACAGCUAACGAAUUGAUUGAGUUGCUAAAAGCCCGCGAUCACAACGGCGAAUAUCGAAGCUUAUCUGGUCAAGUGUUUACCGAAGAAGAGAUGGACGCCCUUAUGGAUCGAUCCGAUCUUCUUAUUGGAACCGAAAGUGACGUUAAAGGAGAAAUCACUCAGUUGCAGGGUGUUUUUAAGCGUCUCGAUAUACCACCAGAAGAAAUCAAAAAGGAGAAAUGAAUAACAGUGAACAAAAAAAAGUUUUAAGAAGAGAGCGAUGGCGAGUGAUCUAACGAAGAAGUUUACAAAAUGAAGGCCCGUUCACUUCUCAUUCUACUAUAGAAGAAGACGAGAAAAAAAAAUUUACAAAAUUAAGUUUCGUUCGUAUUCUACCAUGGAAGACGACGAGAAAAAAUAUUUAAUCCUAUUUCUUACGUGUUCUCAGUAUUCUAUUUUUACUCAGAAAAAGAAGCCCACAUUUCAAUUUUAUAUUAGGUUUUCUGAUCAUUCCGUAAAGUACACAGUAACGUAUGUUUCUUUA